AUGACUGUCAACACAACCGUGAGACAUUUCUUCGAAAACAGCUCACAGUCAACCAGCCAUGCAGCCUCGAGUCAUUCCGACCAAGCUUGUGAAAUAACAGCCGACUCCGCUCUAGAGGUUACAGCUAAAGCUCUGGCUUAUAUUUUCAUUUUCCUGGUUUCCUUUUUCGGAAAUAUCUUUCUUCUUGUGGUCAUUUACAAGAAAAAGCAGCUACGAAGAUCCAUCAACUACUUCGUUUUCAACAUGGCUGUAUCCGACCUCUUCAACCCUUUGACCAUCAUGACUGUGAAGAUCGUUGAGAUCAUUUCAGGAUCGAGUUCCUGGAAAGUUGAUCGUCCAUGGCUGCUAGGAAACAUUCUAUGCAAACUUGCCUACUUUCUGCCAGAUGUUUCCGUCGUGGUUUCCAUCGGAAGCCUUCUUUUGAUCUCAAUAGACAGGCUCAUCGCUGUAGUCUUUCCACUGAGGGCCAAACUUAUCUCCUCAAAAGUACGAUUGAUCAGCAUUCUAAGCACGUGGUUUGUCGCCAUCGCCAUCCAUGCACCUUAUUUCUACAGUUUCAAAUUGAUCCCCCACGAAAAUGAAACGUAUUGUGAGUUGAAUUGGGGACCGGCAUUCGACCACAUGAAAACACACAGAGGAUUUGUUACGGCAAAUUUCAUCACUUUCAUCCCCAUUCCCAUUUGUGUCCUGGCCAGUGUGUAUAGCGUUAUUGUAUGGACAAUAAGAAAAAAGAACAAAAAAACUAAAGAGAAACUGUCCUGUCACCAAAACCAUCGAGAUCGACAGCUCAGAAACAUUGUCAGAUUGGCAGUGGCCAUUAUGAUGUCCUUCGUUUCCUGCAUGACUCCACUGCUUAUCUAUUUAUUUCUUACAAUUUUUUUGUGGAAUUGGGAAUCCCCACCCAUUUGUGCAUUUCAGACAGUUCUCCCAUUUAUUUGUGUAUUUCUUCUGCAUUCGUGGAGUGCGGUAAAUCCCUGCAUUUGUUUUAUCUUUAGCAAGAACUACCGCAACGGCCUUAGGCAAUAUUUUCAUUGUAAUUGCCUCAGUCGCAGAAUAUCAGGUUUGCAAGAGAAAUACCAAAUGCAAACGACGACGAGCUCCUACGGAGACAGCUCCCUUCAGACCCAUUCAAGUAGCGUACACUUUGUCUCAUACAGCAGAAAAGCUUGA